CCCAUACGAAUUGCAGCCAUUAAAAUGGCGGACACGGAAGAAAACUAAAAGUUGAAUACGUCAUCCGGGUUAGUUAUAGGUUGAUAGGCUUUCUUAUUUGUUGUUUUAAUUUAAAUGUAUCUGUAAGUAUUCUAUUGGUAAGGCAUUGGUUGUCUCCGUCACAAGUGAUAACGCCUUUUAUUAAAGUUUCCCCGGCUGCUGUCCAUGAUAAUUAUGAGCCUACCUGGCCUAUUUACUUAAAUUCCUUGCUUACCUGUUCAGUCUGUUCAUAGGAAAUUAAUUGACCUUUGUUUGUAGAGUAGGCCAAGAAACGGGAAGUGGAGAGGAGGUUGCACAUCGAGACACUGUAAAUUGAAUAAAUAAUAAGCCAAAUUUAAACAGACUUAACUUGGCACCAAUUUAGGUUAAUUUUAGUUUAGUAUUCAAAUUUAGUGUCAGGUAUAAUAAUAAAGAUUAAAGAUGUUUUGAUACAAUCAAUGCAAUGGAUCUAAAUCUAUUUUUAAUUAUUUUUUUUUAAGUUAAAGACAUCAUCAUCAUGAUUCUGAUUCUGAUUAUGAGAGUAAAGUACCAUAUGAUUAUGAUUAUUAUGAUGAAAAGACUGAGACUGAAACAGGUGAGAUAAAAAUCUUUGAAUUUGUAUUCUGCAUUAGGGAUAAACUUCACUUACUGACUGACUGUAGACACUACUAUACUAUAUUACAUAAUGUUAGUGUCUAUGGACUACUCAUACUCAUACUGUAGUCGAGUGAGACUUGGAGUAUCCCUGUCUUCUUUGACUUUGUUAUAUCAUAAAUAGCCUACAUUCUACAUGUAGAAUGUUGUUAAAUAAUGUUGGUGUUGGUCCUUUAGUAAAAGUGUUCAGUCACAGGCUACUGUCACUGAUAAUUUUAAAAUAACAUCCCGAUCAUGUAGUUAUUGAAAUUGUAUAUGAUAUCAUUUUCACCAUGGUACUUUUAAGUAUCUUACUGUUGCAACUAUUAAACUAUUUUUUAAACUUGAACUGGUAUAAUAGUAGGCCUCUGUUACUCUGUAUAGUAUUCAGUCAAUAUCAAUAGUGAGUAGACAGCAGACUCUACAGACAGACACCAUAGCACAGGCAUUAAAAUAGUUUUAGGUUCCAAACUAAACAGUAAGAAGUUGUGAGAUCAAGAGGCAGAGGGAGGCUGGUAGAGGGCUGACGCCAAUAAUAUUGUUUAAAAGUUUUUUGUUUUUUUUAUAUAGAAAAUUCCGAACAAGUUAACAACCUAGUUUAUUAUAUAAUACUUUUAAAUAGCCUUCCAUGAAUAUUUCAUAACUAUAAUUAUAAAAAAAUAAUCACUUAGAAAAUCAAAUCUGUUUGUUGUGUUCAAAAAAAUAAUUCAGUAUAGAACUGCAAAAUAAAUUUUUUGCACCCCCAAGGGAUGUGUUUUGUCAUUUCAGGAGGUUCAAGGGAUUAUAAGAACCAAGUUAGCUGUUAAGUUUUGAUAAAAUUUUUUAAAAUAUUUAACAUGUUCGUUAAACUGGUCACAAGUUUAUUUUCUAAGUUUUACAGUUCUCUUUGUAAUUGAAUAAAUAAGUUAGAAGUCUUUUCUUUUGUUGUAUUUCCAUUUUUAAAAUGUAUUGUUACUUUAGUAAGAGGUGUGAGACAUAAUAAAAAAACAACUCUUAGACUUAAGGGGGGACCGGUAGUCAACUUUACGUAAAAAUCAUGUUUUUUUUUUUUUUUUCAAUUUUCCAAAAAGUGUUUAUUUGGUUGCAAUAACCUCUUAUAAACACAAUCCCCAAAUAAAAUUUGCUAAAAAUAAUUGUUAUAAGUACAUAAUUUGUCCUAAUAUAACACGUAUCUAGGCAACCAUUUCAGGAAAAUCGGCUUUCCGACACGUUAUGGUCAUUUUAAAACCCUUUACAACCGCAUUCCUUCAAGCCUAAUGCCUAUUGUUAGGCCUCUUUGGAAAGCUUAGACCACUGGCUACAACUGUGACCUACUUAUCUCAAAAUCAUUCUACCUAACAAAGAGAAGCGAGCUGUGCAAUACGUCACAUUUGUUGUAAAAGUGUGUUUAGACGGCUUCUACGUCAUCGUGUAGUAAAGCCUGUAAUUUCAUUGGUCAACUAUAAGUAAUGUUACCAAAAAUAGCACAAAUUGGGUUACCGUAUACCGAAAUGCAACACGGUUACUUUCGUUUCGCAACCAUUCUGUGUUGAUAAAACUAUCCACCGUUUGUCAGACUUACAUUGGAUUUAUCAAAGGCUGCUCUUUUCGUGCUCACUAUAUUUGUUCAAUAACAAGCCAAAGGUAAAUAUGGAUGUAGUAUGAUUUACCAUUUCAUUAUUAAAAAUUGUUUUAGUAAUAGUACUAGUAUCAGUAUCGUCAACGUCAUGCUUUCUCACGUCAGUAGUGACAACCUACCCAUACAAAUUAUUAUAAAUACAAGGAUCAUUUCAGUUCUGAAACUAACUAAAUUAUCAAUUAUAUAUAUAUAUACUUUUUUCAAAGUUUUAAUAUUUAAUAACUAUCAUUAACCAGAUAUAUUUUAUCAUGUGCUUAUUUAGUUGUCAAGAAUUGAGUGUAAACUAAAAAAAAAAAAAAAAAAUUUGUUUGAGGUUAGUUAUUUGAAAGGUGUGUGGGUGUUGUUGGGUUUGAUUGAAUUCUCUCAUCAUCAACAAUUUAAAAGAUAAGGAAUUAACCACUUCAUUUGUAAUCCUUUCUUUACCUUGAUGACUAAAAUUAAAUUGUUCUGAUUUAUUUGCAGUGAAAUGGCACCAAGAAAACAAGCAGCGAUUCUGCGAGCCAAAAGUACAGCUUGCUUCGAACAGGUACUACUCUUGGAAACAUGGUGGCAGUAGAAUCUAAGAGUGCCAUGACACCUGAUGCCAGGUGGGUGUAAGUGUAAGACUGGAAGUAUUGUAAGGUUUAUAUCAUAAUGAUAUAUAAUUGUUUUUUUAUAUUGUCAUCUCUACAGGCCCCACGAACAGCUGCUCAAUAUAUUAUCUAUCUGCAUUUAUAAAAAAAAAUGUAAUGCUGUUACUAUAUUUAUUGUUGAUGGAGCAAAGUGUAAUUAUAUAUACAUUUUUAACAGAUAAAAUGAAUCUUCAGCAGUGGCCCUGUGAGAAUGCAGUGGCCAUCGAAAGUUACAGAUGAAAAGACCUUCGGAGGAAUAUUCUGACAUUUUCCGCAUGCUUGCAGCUGCCUGGCCUGAUGAGAACCCUAAACACCAUGACUGCCCUACUGGAAAGACAUGUUACUGUUGGCAGUCAGCUAUUGCUCAGAAGAGGUUCCACAACACAUAAGAGGAAAAGAGGCAGUUUUAUCUCAGAGCAGAUUUAUUUAAAUUUUUCGCAUUUUUUUUCUUUGGGGGGUGGGCUAGAGAAUCAGUUAUAUUUUUUCCACAGAAAGACUUUUUAAAUAUAUUUUUGAUGUAUCAUAUUUUCAAGAAGCCAAGGUGAUAUAAUAAUAUAACUUUAUGCCACUUUAAUUAUUUGAAAAAUAAAUUAUUUCAAUAAUAAAACUUCUUUUUGCAUUUUCUCAUUUGUGUCAAUUUUACGAGGGUCAGGUUAUUGGAAGCAGUGUAUCUCAGAAACAACCUAUCAGAUUAUAAAGAAAUUUGCACCACAUGUUCCUAACAUGUUUAUCUACAAUGUGAUAGAGGGUUUUUAUUCUAUUUUAAGAGACAAAAAAAUUAUUUUGAAUUUUGAUAGGACAGUUUACGUAAAUGAUGGAUUAUUUUUUGACAUAAUUUUAAAAAAUUCACAAAAAAAUUAUUUUUUCAGUUAUGCUAAUUUCCUUCUAUCACAUUGUGCAAUGUCCUAUUAUUAAUAUUUAUGCCAAGUUUCAUUGAAUUCUUAUUGGUGGUUAUUGAGCUACGCUGUUUCCUGUAAGUAUAUAAAAUUGGUCAAUUUUACCCCUAUUUUCUCAUCAAAAGCAUAAAAAAAAUAAUUAAUUAGUCCCAAUUGGUUUUUUUAAGUGUUUUUAUUGCUUUUGCAAUGUGAUUAGCAAAAAAUAUUCUGUCUUAGUCAUGUGUUUAAAAUUUUAGCAUUUUGACUACCUGUCCCCCCUUAAGGGGCGGGAAGCUUAAGAAGAAAGCAGCUGUAUUUAAAUUGAAACUUAAUUUCAUUUCAGAUGUUUGGGAGUUUUGACAAUACGUCACAAAGUAAUGUAGUCCUCUUGUAACAUCACAGAAAGCAAACAUCAAAAAAUGCUUGUCUGCAACACAAGAAAUUAAAAUGCCAAGCAGAAUUGUUUGUUUUGUAUGUGGGAGUCUAGGUGGGGAGUAUCAGUUACACAGUCAACCACAUGAAGGUCAAGCUUUUUUUCCUUUCCUGGAGCAUCAUGACCCACCAAAAGGAAGUCGAAUACCUGGCGCUGAUGGGAUUGUUGAUAGUUGUAGAGUGUGCUGUGCUUUCCUCACUCAACAAUGGGAUACUUAUGAGCGCACCAACACACCAGCAAUAAAACGCCUGUAUUGGCUAAAGCGGAUUGAUGAUGGACAAUUUACUGGAGCGGAGAUGAAACUCCAAGGAGAAUAUAUGGCUCAGGUUAUGGGACUUCAGUAUCAGCCAUCAUGUGGGGAUAGUUGUGCACCAUUAUCCCCUGAUUCUAGAGAUGAUUUUAGUGUUGGUAAUCGAGAGUUUGAUUAUAGUGUUAAUAGAAAACAAGAUUGUGAUGAUGGUGUUCUUGAUUUAUCUGUGCCUAUUAAAACCGAAGUGAAUAUUAAAAGUUGCAGUAAAUCUAGUUCUGAAAAUCCUGUGCUAAAACCAGGGUUAUCAACCUCAAGAUUGAACUUAGAUGAACUUAGCUUUGUGUGUUAUACUUGUGGGAAUCAAAACCAGGGGGUAGCAGCAAAAUUAAUUUCAAGUAUAUAUCAUGUAGCCAACAAGCCAUAUUUUCCCUUUUUGACUAAGUUAAAUCCACCCGAACGGGCUACACCAAUGAAUGACCAGGGUGUGUGUCAAGUAUGUGACCAUUGUUUUUCAUCACUUUGUCACCAGUGGCUAACUUAUGAGCAGCAAGGAUCUCCAAACAGUGCAAGGAUUUUUAAAAUAAAUGGUGUUUUUUACACUAAUGACUCCAGCAUUGUAGCUGGACCAGGCAAAGACAUUAAAACUAAUGUAAAAGAGGUCUGCUACUUGUGUAGCCAGUCAUGGCCAUUGACAAAGAUGUGUCCUCUGUUUACUGCUCCAGUAAGUGGAAAGAAAGACCAGAUGUAUUUUCCUUUCAUUCGAGAACUUCGCAGGCCUCAUGGUGCUAGACCAUUAAACCCUGAUGGGUCUGUUCAUGUCUGUUACAGUUGUUUUGGUAAUUUGCAAAUACAGUGGCAUCAGUAUGAGACAGAGAGAGUACCAUUUCUUCAUAGGCGAUACUCACUUUUACCACCAUCCAGCUCUACUUCUGUGUUAGGAUUUCACACAUCAGUUGAACCUGACAUCAAACCCAAAACCUUCAAUAUUGAGGACAUAUCAAGACAUAGCGCAAAAGAGCAAAAUAGAAGUCCCAGUUUGAUGAAAACUGCUCUGCCUGUAUUGAACACAGCAGCAACACUAAACAAUACCAGUACAACUACAUCUCAUGAGGCUGCUAAAUACUACAAGGAAGACUCAAAAUCAUCUGUAUCAAAUUCUUGUAUAAGUAUUCCCCACCCUUUACAACAAGCCGGUGAAAGACCAAAAAAAGUGUGUUUCCUUUGUGGGGAAAAAUGCCUUGUAACAAAAGCUCAAAUUUUAUACUCCUACCCUAUUCGGCAUGAGACUAAAUCAGUCGUGGGACAACCUCAUACCCUUCCAUUUUUUCCUUUUUUAGCCAGCCAUGAUCCAGCACCAGGCUCAGAACCAAUGACUGAAGAUGGUAUUGUCAUAUCAUGUUCAUACUGCUACUACAGUUUGCUCAAUCAGUGGAAAGAAUUUGAAGAGUCUAAAGUGCAUGCAGACUUAAAUCGCUGGCUGCGUAGAUAUAAACUUAAUGAAUUUGUUUGUUUUGUUUGUGGGAUGAUGGUACCGAGGAAAAAGCUGCGGACCUUGGAGGUUCAGAAAUUCUUAUUUUUGCGCGAACACAAAGCUCCAUCCAAUGCCCUUGUGAUGUGGGGAGGACAAGCAGUGGGCGCAUGUGGUUCAUGUCACUUUAGUCUCACACACCAAUACACAGAGUUUGAACGUUUAGGUUUACCCAUUGAGCUUCGCAAAUACAACUGGACUGUGCAACACCACACAGAGGAGAGCAGUAGCGACACUCAAAAUAGUGUAAGUUGUUUUUAUAAUAACAUUUGUAUCCUUAAUAAGCUCCAAGUGUUUUAUUGAGCUAUAACUUUUAAGUUAACCUUUUUUUAAUGAAUUAUUUACCUUAAAAAAGCUGUCUGUGCUCUAUUGAGCUUUACAUCCUAUCAGAUUUUAACAUCCUUGUAGAAAUUAGUUAAAACCAAUAGAAACAUUUUUGUACCAGUUAAAAUCUCAAGCCACCUCUGUGUUUAUUUCAUAAGGUAAAUAAUUAUGUUUCUUUUUAAAAUAUAAUGUUACUAAUGGGAACUAACAAAGAAAAGUGAUUUUUUUUUUAAUGUACUGUGUCUACUAAAUAUAAAUUUUGUCAUUUUUUAAUAAAGAGACUUAAAUACAACUUGUUUCUCAUAUAUUUCAACACUUGUACAAGCUCUGACUUGAGAAUUUCGUUCAUGCUAUUUAAAAGUAACCAGUCUUCAUGGAUUUUGCAACGUACAUUGUUAGUCAGAUUUUAAAAAAUUGGGUACAUCCAGAAACUAGUUAUUAGGGUAAAUGUUUAUAAUUAACUGAGAUUUUUACAUCAUUUAACAGAACCACGGACAGGACCUGACGGUAUCAGUUGCCAAUGAAGACAAUGGAAUGGUGGAUGUGAAUGAGGCAUAUCAUUGUGAGUUAUCCACAGUUGUACUUAAUUAGCAACUUUUAUAUAUAUAUAUAAUUCUACAUAAAAUACAUUUUUAGAGUUUAUAAAAGUUAGAUAUGCUAACUAAAACUAACUUCAAAAUAAGUUGGUGUCCAAAAAAUCACCAGUGUUCUAAAGAAAAAAAUAGUAAAACCAGCUUUUGUAAUAUAUUUGUUAAGACAGUUGCUUUUGUUUAGUAACUUAGUUAAAAGAAAUCAUCAAUGAUAUUUUAUAGUCUCUUUUUGUUUAUUGAUAUGACAAAUGAAAUAUUUAACAGAAGAAAGGAGAAAAAUCUUCAUUGUACUGUUUAACUAAAUGUAACUUUUUUCUUUCAUUGUAGAAUGUAUUUUUAACAUUAGUCUAUAUAUUUAGUUGUUUCUGAAUUCCCCUGGUUUCAUAUUUGACAAAUUCCAAAAGAUAAUAACUUAUUAAAUUGAGCUGCAACUAAUGAUAUUUAUAUAAAACAAUUGGGUGAUUAAAGAUGUUUAAGAAUAGUCCUCAUUAAAGCCAUUAUUUUUUAUUUAAAUCAAGGUAUUAAAAGAAAGUCCUUUCUCUUUAAAAUAAAUAAAUAUAGAAAAUGGUAAGCUCUUAUAUAAUAAAUAAUAAUAAACAAAGCUCAGCCUAUACUAAGGAAAAGAGUGACAUGGCAUUAAUUAAUGUGAUAUACAAUAACACAAGUCAAAUAGCCAUUUGGGAUCAUCUGUCCAGCCAAAUUUGGCAUGCUAUCAGUUCUUAGCCAAAUACAAGUGCAUUGAUAAUCUUGGUACCUGGACGUUUUCUCCAGGGUUAGUUCUAACCUCCCCACCCCCAAAUUCUAAUCCAAAAAUAUUUUUUUUACCUUUCCCCCCAACUAUUUUUUUAUAAGAAAUAAAAUUGUCUUUAAAAAUGUAUUGAACUCUUCAUGUAUUACUUACUAAGUCAUUUACUUGCACUUAAUGUUAUUAUUCCCUUUAGCUGGCUUCUCCACCAGUGGCAAACUGACCCUCAACCAGACAAGUUCUUCAUCAGGAAGACUACCAAUCUCUGCAAUCAUGCAAUCUUCCAACCAUAUCUCUCCCAGUAGUAACAGCACCACAUGCCUUUCUAGCUUUUCUGCUGCCUUAAGGAAGCUGGCCCACCAAACUAAGGAUUCUUCAGGUAGAUCUGUAAAACUGCUUCACAGAAAGUCACUUAAGUUUCAGAAAAAUGAUUUUGCUUAUUAUAAAGUAAAUUUUUAUUUUUUUUGUUUUUAGAAGAUGCAACAAUCAAGCACAACAUGUCUCCAACAUCCCUCAACAGUUCUCGGUCGACUACACCCAAAAGAGCCCACGUUCCUCUUGUACUCCCUUCCAAAUCCAAUAGUUUUAUCUCAACACAGGGCCAAAAUUCAAUCAGUUUAGAUAUUCACAGACAGGUAGGUCAGUAUGUCUGUUUGAUUUGUUUUCUCUGUAUCUCAGCUACACCUUGCAAUGGAUUUGCUUUGUCAUACUUUUAUUUCAGGUUUUACAUAAGGAAAGAUACAAGCAAAACCAAAAUGGUGUGGAUGUUAAUGUGGACUUUUUUUUUGUCACACCAUAUACCUGUUGUAGAUAUAUUUUUUGUUUAAGAAAAUAAUGAGUUCAUUAGCAGCUGCCAUUAGAGAAAAUUAAUAGUUAAAGUUUCAACUGUUUUGGGGAAUGACUGACUUCAUAUGCCAUAAAAAAGCAAGUAUUGUGAGGUCAUCAUAGUUUUCACUUAUAGAGAUAAGAUUAAUUUUUCUUUUUUUCUUUUUAAAUAAUUGCUGUCAAAUCAGAUAUUAUUGUUUUAACAGUAUAAGAAAAAGCAGUCCCCUGAGAGGUAGAGUUUUUAGUGCCUGAUAAAAAAAAUAUUUCACCAGUUGCAACAAUGACCUCUUGGAAAAUAUAACUUGUGAUAUUUUUUUAAUAUUUUGAGAGACUUCUUCGAGAAACAAUCACAAAUUUUUAAAAAAUAAUUGUGGGGGGAUCUUAAAUUUUGUAUGUAAAGUAAAAUCAUCGGCUUAACUUUUGAAAUAAAAUAGAUUGCAUAGUUUUCUAUUUUGUGUCUUCUUAUUAUAUUGAAUUAAAUUAUCACUAUAAAAGAAGCUUACCAACCAUUACAGCUUGACAAAGGCUAGAGACUGACAUGUUUAUUUCAAACUUCUUUAUGCUGCAACAGUUGCAUGAGCCUCUCGAGUUUAGUCUGUGCAAACACUCUAAGAAUCAAUGAAUCAUGCUUAAGUAUUAAACAGCAUCUGUAUGUUAAUCAACUUGUUAGCCUGUCAACAAUUCCAUCCAUAUGGCAUAUGGGGUUUAAAGGUAGCCAAUCCAGCAACAGAUUUUGAGUUUUUUUGUUGUUUUUUUCUUAAAUGAUAUAAAUAUAAUAAAAAUGUCUUUAAAAAAUUUUUUUUUUAGUAUUUUUAUUGUUUCUUUUGAAUUUCAGAAUUUAGAAAGGCUUCAGUCCUCAAACAAUGUUUCCCCACUUGAUUAUGGGAGCAGAUCUGGUCUCGAACACCAUCUUUUGCGCUUAGAUUCCAGGGAUGACAGUCGCAGUACAGGUAGAGAUUCCAGAGAUGGGCGCAUUAUAGGUCGAGACUCCAGAGAGGACAAUAGUGCUACAGGAAGAGAUUCCAGAGAUGAUGGGCGAAAUACAGGUAGAGAUUCCAGAGAUGGCCGCAAUACAUGUAGAGAUUCCAGAGAUGAUGGACGUAAUACAGGUAGAGAUUCCAGAGAUGGACAUAAUACAGGUAGAGAUUCCAGAGAUGAUGGACGUAAUACAGGUAGAGAUUCCAGAGAUGGUCAUGUUACAGGAAGAGAUUCUAGGAAUGAUGUUCGAGCUUUUGGACGAGAUUCUAGAGAAGAUAUUAAGGGUACUGGAAGAGAUUCUCGAGAUAGAGAUGGUCGCAGUUCUGUUAGGGAUUCUAGAGAUGAUGGAAGGGGUUUAAUAAGAGAUGAUGGUGCCAUCACUGGAAGAGAUUCCUAUCUUUCUAGCAUGCACAGUAGACUGUAAGUUUGUGUUUUAAAUGAGAAUUGAAAUUAACAAUUUAUAUUUAAUAUUUUCAGUAUUAAAGAAAUCAUUUCUCAUACUUUUAUUAUAAAAUAGACUGAGGAUUUGUUAGGUCUUGAAAUAAUAUUUUCAAGGAAAUAUUUUUCUUGUUACUCUCUACUUAGUAGGGUGGUUACAUAUUUUCUCUUUUACCACAAACAAGGUUUUAACUUUUUAUGAGUAAUGUACUUGAGGUCUCUAUAAAUAACAUAUAAUUAAUUUUACAGGCCAGCUUCUGAACUAUUUUCAAGGGAUUUUCACAGUUAUCAUUCAGAGGAGGAUGCAGCUAGACAUGGAUUGACAUUGCCUUUACGCAUUGAUCCUGCUGCAUACAUGGCAGCUACAGCAGCAUACCAUCCACUUCUUCUCCAGCAACAAGCAGUAUUUGCCCAGAAUCCAUUCAGGUAUGUACUUUCUUCAGAUUUUUACCUUGUUUGAUGUGCAAUGCUUUAUGCUACACAAUGUCAAAAUAUGUCAGGAAGGAAGGGAAAAGGGUUAAAAUAAUAAAGAAUUUACCUUACUAAAUCAACUUCCAUUCAUCCAUCCCUGUGGCGCUACAGCCUAUGUAGGGCUUUGGCCAGCCUCAUCAUAACCUUCCACUCAGACCUGACUAUUACUUUUCUUUUUUAUGUUUGGAUUCCCAGCUGAUGUAGAUCUUUUUCCACAUCAUACAUCCAUUUACGCAUAGGUCUGUCUUUGAGCCGUUUUACUCUGGGGUUUUGGUGUACACCUUCUUCACUCUUCCCUCAUUUGGCAUUUUUUCUAAGUAUCCCGCCCAGCGUAGCCUGGCCCUUUUUAUUUCUGCUUCAAUGGGAUCCUGAUAUAGACUAAACAAUUCCUGGUUGGUUCAAUUCUCCAUCCAUAUUCAUCUUUUGUUAGUCCAUAUAUUUUCCGUAGAACUUUUGUCUCCCAUGUGUUUAAUAGGUUUUCUAACAUUUUUGUUCAGGUCAAAGUUUUACUAAAUCAACUGACACAGCUUUAUUUAUUAGCUGGGUUUUAGCUGUUUUUAAUAUUUUGUAUUUAGGGCACACAUAAUAAUAUAUCUGAGGAAGGAAACAAUUGUAUGCCCUUGGUGGCAAUUUAAACCACAAAUUGGUUUGUUAUGUAAAUGUGUAUACCACUUGCCAUGCAUAUAUCUAAUUAAGAAUAUGUGUUUAAGUUUAACACUAUAACUGUCAAGAACAAAUUUCUAUAGUGUCAAGCCAUUUUUAACAAUUUCAUAUGCUUGUCAAAAAUCGACCCUUACAAGUAUAGGGGUAGAUCUUUGGGAUCAAAUCUGUGUCUUUUUCUGUUCGAUUUGCACCCUUUCCCAAACGAAUUUGUCUGUAACAAUAUGACUAAGCUUAAGGAUAAAAUUGUUGAUAUCGCACAUCACAGCUAGAGCCUAUGCUGUCAUUACUAACUAGCACGUGGAAUAUCUCUGACAUCUUUGCUUUCAUUUUAAUACAUUUUAAAUAAUUCAAAUAAAGAAAUUCUGUGUUAGUUUUGAAAUCCCAAAGGGGGGCCCUCUCUGGCAUCAGACACUAUAACGGUUAAAAAAAUUUAGAAAAUUUCACACCCGAUUAAUCACAAAAAAGUCCAUGAUAAAAGCACGUUAGCACACUGAUAGUAACGGAAAUGGGAAGCAAACUCAUUUAUAUAGAGUGAUUUCCCCUUAAACACUAUACAUUAAAUCAAUUCAAUUUUUAAUGACGAUUUUGCUAUAUCGGCCGCAAAACCACCUAAAGGGGUGUAACGGUUGUUGUGGCAGUUAUAGGUUUAAUGUAGUGGACUGACACUUUAAUUUAUUGUAUUAGUAUGUAUUAUUUACUUAACUUUAGUGUAAAUAAUAAUGAUUUUCACUGUGUUUUCUCUCAAAUUAAUUUUGUAGGGCCAUAAGAAUCAUAAUCAAUCUGUCUUCACUUCAAACACUAAAGCUGAAAACGUAAAUUGUUUUCUUGAUUGAGAAACAUAGGAUUUUUAAUGGGUUUUAAUUUAAAAAAACUAGCUAUUGUCUUUUUUUUUAAUUCUUUAAACUAUUUUUUUAAAAUGUAAACCAGAUUGGAUGAUCCAUUGUUCAUUGAGCAGUACAGAAUGCUUCAGUCGUCAUUCUUGCCUUUUUCUGGUGCUGGAUUUCUGCCUGGACAGACCAGAGGAAUGGAUGUUCAUUCUAUGCUUGCAGCGGCCGCUGCCACUCAGCAUUACCCCAUGGAACUGCUGCAGCAACACUACCCUUACCUCAGUCCUAGUCAUCCAUUGCUGAAUACAAGGUUUGCUGCUCAAAGUGCAGUGAUGGAGAGGUGAGAAGCAGGCUAACUUAAUGACUAAAGGCUUUAAAUACAUUUGUUUUGGAUCUCUUUUUACCAUGAUAGGCAAAAAUUGCACUUUUGAACAGCUUGAUUUAUUUGUAUCUAUUUAAUUGGUUUUAAAUACUCAAUAUUUAAUAUAUUUUAUUUUAUGUAAUAUGAGUAAAAAAAUAUGUUCAUUUCCUAUGUCCUAAUUGUUUACCAAUUUUAGGAAUUCUUUUGAUGAAGAGAAACCAAGGCUGCUGGCUGAAAAAGGGAAAGAGCAAGAAAGGUUGUUAGACUGGGAUAUAAAACCAGAUCCAACAUUAACUUCUGAAAGAGACCUUAAAAGAUUGAGCGAUGUUGAUCGUUACCUGCCGGGGAGGCAGAGCAAAGAAUCCCUUAAACAAGACUUUCUAACGCUCCCUUCUCGCGUGUCGGAGAACUAUGCACAUUAUCAUCAUAUGGGGGAAAUAAGUGCCUCAGGUCUGUUUCCAUCAAGUAAUAGUACCAGACUCGGCCAAACUCAUUCAAGUGGACUAAAGAUGGGUAAGUUUAAAAGUAAUCACAUGUGCUUAACUUUUUACAAACUUUUUUUUUGUAGUGUUAGUUAAUUUAUUAUAUUUCUUACCUUUGCCAUUCAUCAGGCUCAAAACUCAGCCCGAGAGAAACACGAGAGAAAUCACCUCUGACAAGCUUCUACCCAAGUAGCUUAAGCCAGUCUCACAGUUUUCUUUUAUCUCAAGAAAGUUAUAUCAAAAAGCAGGUUUGUUAGUUUUUCAUUUAAAAAAAAAUAAUUAUUUCAAAAUAAUAUUUAGGUUCUGAUUUUAUUCAACAUAAUAAUUAUUGAUGCUCAUAUAUUUUACAUUUCCAUAGUAAUAAGAAUUGUUUUAUUUAUUAAACAAAAUUUUGGGAUAUUUAAACAUUUUUUAGUUGGAUUUUAUUUAGUAUUUUUGCCUUAAUAACCAUAAAAUGUUUAUAUUCAGUCUUCUAUUUGUUUGUCAACCAAAGGACAACAUUUUUUGGUGCUGCCCCGACAAUUUUAAGAUCGUCUUCUUAUUUUUAUUGCUCAGUGAAAGAUUCAAUUAAAGGCAUUUCCUAAUCAUAACUUAGUCUAUGUUAUGGAACUGAAGCUAGUAUCACACAUUUUUUUUAAAAAUUCAUAUUUUGUUGUUGACUUUAUUGUACCAAAAUUUAUCAUACCAUUCUUUUUCAUUUAACUGAUGAAACUGGAUAAAUAACCAUUCUCACUAUCAAAGUCUGAACGAAUCUUCUACGGGUACGCAGGAAACCAAUUUUUCGUGAAAUUGCUUUUGAAAUAAUAUCCUAUUAUAUAGCACAAAAUUAUAGGAAGAAUUGUCAUUAAUUUUCAAAUCAGCCCGCGAUUAAACCCUAACAAACAUUUUUUGCUAUAACUAGAGGUGAUUUUAGAGCUCUUCAAAUAAGAGUAGUUUAGUAUUAUGGACAAACAGCAAACUUAACGCUAUUUGCAUUAUGCUUUAUCUCACAAUUUUAUCAAUAGGCAAACUUAACACUAAUGUUGCUUGAUGUUCUAUCGCAGAUUGUUAUUAAAGGGGUUAAAGACCUUCACAAAAUAUACAAAAUUAAUCUAGAUAACAAUAUUCACUUUUAUAUCAUAAACCCUAAGCAAAAAAAAACAAAACAAAAAGUUGCCUAAUGUUAAAUUUAUAUAAUUUUUUAUAGAAUGAAUGCCUAUUUUUUAUAAAGAGAACAUAUUUUUCCUUUCUAGAAUGCAGACUACAGGUCUCCUGAAGCUCACAGUCCACCAAAAAUGCCUAAAAUGAUCACCAACAGUAAUCUUAAUCCAUCAAGUCAUGAUUACAGUCAGCAGCAACAGAUCCAGGGAGGUAACAGUGCUUCAACAUUCUUAUCACAACCCACCUUGCAUGGACACCAGGGAUCUCUGCCACUGUCUCAUCUGCUGUCUCCUUCUUAUAGUUCUCCAGCACUGUCAUUAUCCACGGAUCCAACUAAGAGGGCCCGAUGUGGCUCAGACUCAAAAACUUUGUUCCGGCCUUUUGAUGACAGUCAAGGGACAGAAUCUCAGAUCAAUCACAGUGUUGUUCCAGAGCAUGAGGAAAUAAGCCCACUCAAGUCAAGUGGGUUCCAGUCCACCAAUAAUCUUUCACACGGCUUGUCAUUGCUAACGCAUACCACUUCAUCUGGGGACCAUCACCCGGCCAUUUUGUCCAUUCCAACAGUCAAACCUGUGGUUAAUCCACCACCGUUUGAAAUAAAAGAUCGACUGCCUCCCCUUUUGAACAGCACACUGCCUCAUGGCCAGCUCAAGCUUGAUCCCUUAUCAAGCUAUGUUAGAGACAAGGUUGAGAGAUUUGACUUUAAAAGUUUAGCUCGUGAGUGCACAUCGUCAGCUCCAAACUCAGAACAGAAUGAAAGCAAGCGCCCUGAUGUGGGCCGUGAAUCAAAGGUUUCUGUCGAACAUCUUUCCUCCUCUGUGAAUGUCAGUCCACAGCCGUACUUCAGCAAACUGGAUCACGAGGAGGUGAAAAUGAGAAAGAGAAAGUUUAAGAGGGACAGUGGUACUGAUUCCGAUGAUGAGAAAGAUUUGGAUGAUCGAAUGAUUGUCAGACUUACAAUGAUAGGGAGGGCUACUCCUAUUCCUCUGGAUACUCCAGCUGAUAAAAUGGCUAUACUGGAAUAUCUUGGAGUAACAACAAUGGACAAGAAAAAAGGUAGAAUUUUGACAUCUUUUAAUUGUCAAGAUGAAAUAAUAUAAUAUAUUUCAUCUUUUAAAAAUUAAUUAUCAUAAUCAAAACAUUAUUGAGUUCUGCCUUUAAUGUCAUUUUAAAAUAUGUUUAAAGAUUACGGUUUAUUUUAACCUUGAAAAAUUACGGCUUUGGAUUCCAGUUAUUCUAUAUAAUUUAUAUGCAAGUUGACCUUAUUUGUUAGCUUGUUACAAAUUCUUUUUUUUUUAUAUAAAAGCUUAUGGGUGUUUUCAUUUUUAAUAACAGAUGCUGUGCAAAUUUAGCAGGAAUUAUUACCAGAUGUCAUGUAGAGAAAAAAACUUGUAUAAAAAGUUGAUUUCCUUCUUCCUUCAUGUAGAACUUCAAAGAGACAAGGAAAUAAGACGUAGGCGACAAUUGCGUCUGGCCAGCAUUAGUCCCAUUCAAUAUGAAACAGAUGAGACAAUGGAGUUUAACUUAAAGAACAACUCAUUGUCACAUAGGCCCCGCAAGCAAACAAAUUUAGACAAUGAUCCAUUCAAAUCAACACCUGAAAGUUCACCAGAAAAGUCACAGUUUUUAUCUGACCUAGGACUAGUGCCACUGUCAUCAAACAAUAAAGCAGGUAUUGAAAAGGUAGCAUAAACUCAACUCUGCUGAAAGCAUUAAGUCAAUAACAGGUUUUCAUUAUUUGCCAUCUGUAAAAAGAUGAGGAUGUGCUGUUGGGUGAUACAAGUUGUAAGACGUUUUAAAAUAUUAAAAUUUAAUUUAAUGUGAACAGCAAAUUUAAUGUUGAAAUUCAGCUCCCGCCCCCUUCAGUAACCAUAUUGAGAACACUUUUCAUAUAAUUUUUUUUUACAUAUUUAUUGUUCUAACAUUUUCCUAUGUAUUCACUCAUUGGGGGAAAAAAGGGGGCAAAAUGAAAGUAAGACUUUAAUGGUCUUUAUAUUCCUAAACUGACUAGUGUAUUAGCCUUGUGUUAAUUAGUUUUAAAACUGGAUAGCUCUGGAAGUUGAUUUUUAGAUAUUAAAAAAUUCUAUUGUUUUUUUGUCAUCAGUAGUUGCUGCUGGCAGAGAGGCAGAAGAUGGUUGAGAGCAACUUACAUUUUCAAGAGGUCACACAAAACUGACUGUCUAAAUAUAAAACUUAUCAUCAUAAAAUCAAAUUAUAGGACAUAAACUGCACCACUUAGGAAGAUUACACAGGCUGUGCUGGAUAGAUUGUUGCACCAGAGACAUCUCUAAAUUCUCUACUAACUGCAGAAAUUUUUUUACUAUAUUUUAAUAUUUGGGUAGUGGUAAAAGCAAACGAUUUUCAGUGUAUGCUUACUUAAAGCUUUUACUUUCUAACAUGCUCCUUUCGGGGUUCAUUAUCCUAAGAAUGUAAAAACGAUACGCGUUUCAAUUAAUUUUAUACACAUCUUUUUUUUAAGAUCUAAUAAAAAGUUUUAAUAAUAAUAUUGAAAUGGAAAUUAUUAUCACCCAACUUUGAUGUAAUGCAAAUAAAAAUGCUGUGCUAGCUUCUUGAAUCAUUACAUUGUAAUUAACCAAGUCCAUGACAUAUCACAUUUUAUGAUGUAAGUGUUAAUAUGAUUGCAAUGAUUUUUCUUUGGUUGUUGUCAAAAAUGAUGCCAUUUAAAAAUUUUAGCUGCCAAGAUAUUUCAUUAAUAUUCUUCAUAUCAUAUAAAUAUGUAUAGUGUGAAAGAAUCUUGUUGAAACACAUGGGGUGUAAGGUGCGUUUGUCUGCUUACAUCACAAGCCUAAUUGGUAAUUUACUAAGCUUGGCAAUCAGAGUUGAUUGACCAAAUGACGGCAACCUUUUUGAGAGCGGAGCCCUUGUUAAAAAUAAAAAUAUUAGGAACCUGUUGAAAUUGUUUGGGAGCUGCGGGCAUUAUAAAUUAGUACCUGUAUUAAAAAAAGAGCUGCAUCUUUUCCCCUAAAGAGCCGCAUGCAGCUCCAGAAACGCGAGUUGUGGAGUGGUAGUCUAGACUUAGGUGUCAGUUACAGCAUUAGCAUGACACACAAAAACAUGAGAUGCAGAUUCAGAUGGUAGAAAAGUAUUAUCUGCAUACAUCUUGAUGUGUACCUAGCCUUGUAUUUUAAUGUCUAAAUUAGGUGUCCCAUAUUAGUAUUAUGAUUCCUCCACAAUAUACUAUAAAUAAGUUAAGAAAUGUAAUGAAUAUAAAAUUGUAAUGUUUAUGUUACAGACUGACCAUUUGAUUUAUUUGAUGUCUUGGUAUUGGUGCCUUCUUUUUUACAUCUCUCAUACGCAUAUCAUAGUUUCUACACUUUUACUCUUACAUCUUUCAGAGUCAACACUAACAAUGUGUAUAUUAUAUUAUGAACUAUUCAUCUCUAAUUGCUUAUUGCAUCAUAUCAGAUGAAAAAGCCGUUUUCCACUUUUUUUAAAAAAAACAUGUAACCAUAUUUUUAUUUUAAUGUGCAAUCUAGGGUCAACUAAUUUAGUUGCCCUUCACUUUUCUGCUUUUGUUAAUGUACUCUGUGUAUGUAUAUAUAUAUGUGUAAAUAUUAUGUUAUACACCAUUUUGUAUCAUACUAAGACUUUGUAUAGAAGAACCCU